AGGGUCAACCCGACCCGAAUAUGAGAAUGGGUGGAACUCUCUUCUAGUUCCUCUUGCCUAUGCUCCACAGCUAACUUCCCCGCGUAACUGCGCAUUACGGAAGAUAGAGAUCAAGAAAUUCGAUUCUUGUUCUUCCACAAUCUUCCAGAUUAUCAGUCUACGAACUUGCCAAUUCUCUGGGCCUUCACAAACUGACGAUCGCAAUCGAAGGAGGAACUCCGAUUUUUUGCCGCGCACACACUUCAUUACGGAAUCAUGAGAAGAUCAGGGCACCAUCUUCAUCGGCCCCACGCGAAGCAAGGUGUAGGAGGGGUGAAGGGUAUGAUUGGGAGGUUAUCAAUCGCUGUGGUUGUUCUCUUGAUCUGCACAGUUUCGUUGUUUGUUUCCUCGACGAGCAAAGGUAGCUUUGGAUCCGUCUAUCGCUCUGAGAUCAAGGUUGAAGAUCUUUGGAGACAUGCUGAUUCUGGUGAUUGGAAGCCUUCCUCAGCUCCGCGAUCUGAUUGGCCACCUCCACCAAAUGAAAGCAACGGCUACUUGAAGGUUCGCUGUAAUGGUGGUCUGAAUCAACAACGCAGUGCUAUUUGUAAUGCAGUUCUUGCUGCUCGAAUUAUGAAUGCAACACUGGUUCUACCUGAGUUAGAUGCAAACUCCUUUUGGCACGAGAAGAGUGGUUUUCAUGGUAUCUAUGAUGUUGAGAAUUUUAUAAGGACACUGAGGUAUGAUGUACGAAUUGUGGAAAGCAUUCCUGAUAUUCGCAAGAAUGGGAAAGCCAAGAAGAUAAAACCUUUUCAGCUCCGACCCCCUAGAGAUGCUCCAAUCAGUUGGUAUACUACAGUUGCUCUGGAGAAGAUGAGGGAGCACGGUGCCAUAUAUCUCACUCCAUUUUCACAUCGUUUAGCAGAAGAAAUUGACAACCCUGAAUACCAAAGAUUGCGAUGCAGGGUUAAUUAUCACGCUCUGAGAUUUAAGCCACAUAUCUUAAGAAUUAGUCAAUCAAUAGUCAAUAAGCUCCGCAAUCAAGGUCAUUUCAUGUCUAUUCAUCUUCGUUUUGAGAUGGAUAUGCUGGCCUUUGCAGGGUGUUUUGAUAUUUUUACUCCUGAAGAGCAGAAGAUAUUGAAGAAAUAUCGAGAGGAAAAUUUUGCAAAAAAGAGACUUGUUUAUAGUGAAAGAAGGGCAAUUGGAAAAUGUCCCUUAACUCCAGAGGAGGUUGGUCUCGUUUUACGUUCAAUGGGGUUCAACAAUUCUACCAGAAUAUACCUCGCGGCUGGUGAGCUCUUUGGUGGCGAAAGAUUCAUGAAGCCAUUUCGAUCUUUAUUCCCUCGCCUCGAGAACCAUAGCUCUGUUGAAUCCUCCGAGGAACUUGUUGAAAAUGUCAGGGGAGUGACGGGAGCUGCAGUUGACUACAUGGUUUGUCUCCUCUCCGACAUCUUCAUGCCAACCUAUGAUGGACCAAGCAACUUCGCCAACAAUUUGCUGGGGCACCGUCUUUAUUACGGCUUCCGGACCACAAUUAGACCAGAUAGGAAAGCUCUUGCACCAAUUUUCAUCGACAGAGAGAACGGAAAGACGGCAGGCUUUGAAGAAGCUAUCAAGAGAGUCAUGCUCGGCACACAUUUUGGUGGGCCACAUGAACGUGUUUCACCAGAAUCUUUCUAUACGAAUUCUUGGCCUGAAUGUUUCUGUCAAAUGUCACCUAGAAAUCCUGCCGAUAAAUGUCCACCAGAUAAUGUGUUGGAGAUUUUGAACAGCCAGUUGGAAGGUGAAGGAAACAUUGAUUUGGAUACCUCAACACAAACAAAUUCAACGACCUCAGUAGGUAGAUGAGAAGCAUAUAUCAAGAUUUUAGUAAGCUCAUUCUAACUCCACCCUGCCAACAACAAUACAGUUCAAUGGGUUUCUUUUAGCAAUGGAACUUGCCUUCAGGUAAAUUUUAUGGGUCAGAAAUGGCAAGCAUAAACUACGGUAUUUCUCAUGAAAAUCUACCUGACAUUGAUUUUUGUCCUGUUGAAUCAUGGAGGUCGAUUCUUGCUUUCGUCAGGUGCGUCCGGAUAGCAUUGUGAGACAAUGACAAGAGGCGGGCCAUUCUUAUGCGAGAACACAGCGAUUCAUCAACAGGGUGUGUACUUUCUUCAUAUGUUAUACUGUUCUCUUGAAUAUCCUAUAUUGUAAUGUAGCAUUUCUUGCACUCUGGUUCACACAUCCCAUGCAGUUAAAGACUUUUUACAAGGUUUCUUCUUGACCAUGUAGUUUUUUGAGGCCCUUAUUUAAAUACUUUACUGACGUGAAUGGUUCAAAUUAUAUCAGUUCAUAGUCCUAAUGAUGAAGUGACACAUUUUCUAGACGAUUUUUUUUUUGAAAGGGACAUUUUUUAGAUGAUAGAAUGAAGAGAAUUAUGAAUUGUAA